UUGAAGGGGGGGGUGUCACCCCUCGGCCAAUGCCCGGUCCUGCUCCAAGUGGGGGGGGGGACCGCCCCAGCAGCCACCUCAUGCCCGGCCCCCCUCCCCCUCUCGCUCCGCCGGCCGAGCUGAUUGGCCCACCCCACUGUCUCCGGCCACCUGUUGCCGUCUGUCGCGGGGCCACCCUCCCCGGGCUCCAGCCGGUCCACCAGGCCCGGCGCUGCGGCUGUGGGCCCGACUCUGGACCCGCUGCGUCUCAGACGUCGCCAUGACAACCAGGGCCUUGGAGGAGCUGGAUGGCGGCCUGGGCAGCUGCCAGGCGGACGAGGACCUCUCCACGCUGGCUGACCCCUGCCCAGGCCGGCCCCCAGAGGACAGGGCUCCAGCGACGCCCAGGCUGGCUGACUCCGGCGGCUGGCCCCAUGAUUCUCAGGAGCCCACAGCUGAGGGCAGCCCCGCAGGUGGAGUGGAUGACAGGCCCAAGAAGACAGAAAAGGAGCCUGUGGCCAAAGUGGCCCCAGCACCCGGGAAGGAGAGGCUGAAAGCAGGAGCACCGCCCCGGAGCCCCGCGCGGAAGAAGGCGCAGAGCGCGCCGCCCCCGCCGCCCCCGGCCCUGAGCGAGGAGCUGCCCUGGGGGGACCUGUCGCUCAACAAGUGCCUGGUGCUCGCCUCCCUCGUGGCGCUGCUGGGCUCGGCUUUCCAGCUGUGCCGAGACGCCGUGACUGGGGAGGCGGUGGCCCCCGCGCCUGUCCCUGAGCCCUGGGUCCCGUCAAGCUCGGCCCCGAAGGAGCCAGCGUCGCCCUUGCCGAAGCCCGUGGCCUGGGCCCCCCCUUCAGGACCGCCGGCACCCCAGGCGGAGGCAGAGAGGCCCAAGGCUCCCAGGAGCGGGGAGGCUGCAAAGAAGGACGAAGGAGAGCCUGGGGAGGAGCGCGCGCCCCUCGCCGACCGAGGGCCCAAGGAGAGACCGCGGAAAGAGAGGCCGCAGAAGGAGGAGAGGCCGCGGAAAGAGAGGAUGAGGAAGAAGAGACCGCAGAAAGAGAGACCACAUGAGGAGAGGCCGCAGAGAAAAGAGAGGCCGCGUAAGGAGAAGCCACGCGCCGCCAGGGAGCCCCGGGAAGCCCUACCCCGGCGCUGGGAAGCACUUGAAGGCGGCCAUCGGCCGUGGGCGCGGGGCUCCGGAGACCCCGAGCACAGGAAAGGGCCGGCCUGGGCCUCCGCGCGGCGCCCAGACGAGGAGGACCGGCCUCCGGGCCGCCAGAAGCCCCGCGCGGGCAAGGGGCGGGACUGAGCCGGA